AUGGCCACCACACAGACCCGAAGCCACAGCGGCCACGGACAUCACCAUCACCACCACGACAAUGUCUACCUCACGUCACAGAAUAAGAACGACGCCGGUGUGCGCAUCACAAGACUGGGCCUCUAUUCCAACCUUGGCAUGGCAAUUGCCAAAGGUGUUGGAGGCUAUGCAUUCAAUUCAAAGGCAAUGAUCGCCGAUGCCAUCCACAGUGUUACCGACCUUGCGUCUGAUAUCCUGACACUUGCGACUAUCUCGUGGAGCUUGAAACCACCGACGGAUAAGUUCCCGACCGGAUUUGGCAAGAUCGAGAGCCUGGGAUCGUUGGGCGUGUCUGGCAUGCUCCUAAUUGGCGGCAUGUGGAUGGGAUACGGCAGCUUGCUGACUCUCUAUGGCCACUUCUUCCUCGACCCGGCAGCUGCGGCAGACCUGUUAGCACACGCACAUUCCCACGGACACGAUCACAGCCAUGAUCAUUCUGGACCCAGUAUCCAUGCUGCUUGGCUUGCGGCUGGAACGGUUGCCAUCAAGGAAUGGCUCUACCACGCGACUAUGAAAGUUGCCCGAGAGCGCAAGUCCUCGGUCCUCGCUUCGAACGCCGUCCACCACCGAGUCGACAGUCUUACAGGUUUCGUCACACUGGCCGUCAUUCUUGGGGCAAAUUUCAUGCAGAACGCGGCCUGGUUGGAUCCCGUUGGUGGUCUUCUCAUCUCUCUGAUGGUUGUUAAAGCUGGUGCCGAGAACACAGUAGCUGCCUUGAUGGAGCUCGCUGACCGAAGCAUCGAUGACGAAGUGAAGGGAUCAAUCAAGAACAAAGUAUACAAGGUCACACCGGAAAUUGCCAAGGGACACGAGAUCGAGUUACGUGACGUUUCUGGCAUCAAGUCUGGACAAAACUACCUCGUCGACCUUGAGGUUGCGGUUCCUAAUGCCUGGACGAUCGAGGACAUUAGACAUGUGGAGGAUAAGAUCAGAACUCAAAUAGGAGGCAAGGUUCGGGGCGUGCGCAGGGUACGCGUCCGGUUUGUGUCAAAGGAGGCAGACGAUCUUCCAAAAUUCGAUGAGUUCAUCCCUGGCCACAUUAGCCCGAGAUCAAGUCCAGAGCCUGAUGAGGAUGUCCAUCACCACGGCCACAACGAUGAACACCACAAGCAACAUUGA